AUGGCCUUCGUCGCCCCCCUUCCCGUGCCCACGCACUCCGCCGCCGCCGCUCGCCGACCACUCACCCACCGCCGCCAUGCCGUCGUCGCGGUCGCCGCGCCGUCCCGCUCCACUCCCACCACCAAGCCUGCCGUCACACACCCCAUGACUCUCACUGAGAAGCUCCUCGCGCGCGGCGCCGAAAAGCCCUUCGUCAAGCCCGGUGAUAACGUCUGGGUCAACGUCGACGCCCUCAUGACACACGAUGUGUGCGGCCCGCCCACGUUUGGCAUCUUCAAGCGCGAAUUUGGCGACGACGCCAAGGUCUGGGAUCGCAACCGCGUCAUCAUCAUCCCAGAUCACUACAUCUUCACGGAGGACAAGAGAGCAAACAGAAACGUCGACACGCUCAGGCAGUUUGCGACGGAGCAGGAUAUCAAGUAUUUCUACGACAUCAAGGACCUUUCAAACUUUCGCGCCAACCCGGAUUACAAAGGCGUGUGCCACAUCGCCCUCGCGCAGGAAGGCCAUACCAGGUCUGGUGAGAUUCUCUUUGGCACCGAUUCACAUACGUGCAACGCGGGCGCCUUCGGCAUGUUUGCCACGGGCAUCGGCAACACCGAUGCUGGCUUCAUUCUCGGCACGGGCAAGCUGCUGGUCAAAGUCCCGCAGACCAUGCGCUUUGAAAUGAACGGCAACAUGCCAGAUUACCUCCUCGCCAAAGACCUCAUCCUCAACAUCAUUGGCGACAUUGGCGUCGGCGGCGCCACAUACAGAGCCAUGGAGUUUGCGGGCUCGACCAUCGGAGACUUGUCCAUGGAGGAGCGCAUGACCCUUUGCAACAUGGCCGUCGAGGCAGGCGGCAAGAACGGCCUCAUCGCCGCCGAUCACCGCACCGAGGCUUACCUGGCCGCCAGGGGGUCCAAGCCCACCGAGAUCUUCCACACCGACGAGGAAGCAUCGUUCUACGCCGAUUACAAGUACAAUGUCGCUGACCUCGAACCAGUAGUCGCAAAGCCCCACUCGCCUGAUAACCGCGCCCUCGCAAAGGAGUGUAGUGAUGUCAGGAUUGACCGCUGUUACAUCGGCUCAUGCACCGGAGGAAAGACAGAGGACUUCCUGGCUGCCGCCCGCGUUCUGCAAGGCCGCAAGGUGGCAGUACCCACGUUUUUAGUACCAGCCACGCAGAAGGUGUACGAGGACGUCGAAACCCUCCGCAUCAACGGCGAGACCCUCAAGGAUAUUUUCUACAACGCAGGCUGCAUCGCUCUAGGUGACCCGGGUUGUGCCGCUUGUCUGGGUGGUCCGUCGGAUACAUUUGCUCGGCUCAACGAACCCCUAGUCUGCGUUUCCACUACGAACCGGAACUUCCCGGGUCGGAUGGGUGACAAGGAAGGCCAGAUUUACCUUGCUUCCCCCUACACCACAGCUGCGUCCGCUGUCACUGGUUAUGUCACAGAUCCAAGAGAAGUCUACGAUUUUGAUGCCAACAAACGUCAUCCGACUGAGACUCUUGCAGAUUAGGGUAUAUAUAAGAGCAAUGCACAGUACACUAGUUCGUCACAGCAGUGGGAGUAGAGGGCAAGGAUUAAAUGAUUGAGGGUUCGUAACCGUGGUCUGCGUUGUUUUUGUCA